AUGUCCCUCACCACAGCUACCAACCAGAACAAUGGCCAAUUCCCCAAGAUCAAGAUGUACACCAACCAUGGUUGUGGCUGGUGUCAUCGGGUGCAGAUCGUCCUGAAAGAACUUGGUCUGCCAUAUGAAGAAGUCCUCGUUGACCUGGACAACGCGAGGCCAGAGUGGUUUCUAAAGAUGAACCCACGCGGCCUCGUCCCAGUCUUUCAGUACACCGCUUCACCCUCAUCCCCGACUCUGACCCUCACAGAGUCGGGACCCAUCGUCUCCUUUCUGAUGGAUCUCUACCCAUCAUCAUCUCUUCUCCCGACCCUCCCCACCGGCCCCUCGUCACCACCAUCGAUCGACGACGUCGGAAAGGCCCAUGUACGAUACCGCAUGGCCUUCUUCGUAGACACCUACUUCACCAAGAUCAAUCCGUUCAUGUUCAAGAUCGUGGGCACCGAAGACGUCCAGGCCAAAGAAAAGUUGGUUGACGAUUGCAUCGCCCUCCUCGAAAAGGAGAUUGAACCUCUACUCGCAGAAGCUGCGCCAUAUUUCGCAAACAGUAAAGAACUGACUCUCGUCGAGGCAAUGACCGCCCCCUUUACGACUCGCCUGUACGAUUUUGCAAACGGCGAAAUCUUACCUUCCUCCCUCGGCGAACGUAUGACGGGGCCCACGUUGCCGUUUUUCGCGCGCUGGAUGAAACUCUGCGCCGAGCAUCCCUCCGUCCUCGCGACUUGGGACAAGGAAUACUUCAUCCCGCGCAUCAUCGAGAGACUUCCAAAGGCAAAGGCAAAAUAUGCCACCGGAAACUAA